UUCAAUUCAUGUGUUCGCUGUUAAGUUCUUGGUAGGUCUGUUCUUCAUAAGUGGAGGUCACACUGCAACGAGGAUAAGGGCUGCAGGUGUACAGCUAUGGCAAAGCUGUUUGAGUCCAUUGGGAAGUUGGGACUGGCCCUGGCCAUUGGCGGAGGGGUAGUCAACUCAGCUCUCUAUAAUGUGGAUGCUGGGCACAGAGCGGUGAUCUUUGAUAGGUUCCGUGGGGUGCAAGAGGCAGUGGUCGGCGAGGGCACUCAUUUUGUCAUCCCUUGGGUGCAGAAGCCUAUCAUCUUUGACUGUCGAUCCCGUCCGCGCAACGUGCCCGUCAUCACUGGAAGCAAAGAUCUGCAGAACGUGAACAUCACUCUGCGUAUCCUGUUCCGGCCGGUGGGGAGCCAGCUGCCCCGCAUCUACACCAGCAUCGGGGAGGACUACGAUGAGAGGGUGCUGCCCUCCAUCACCACGGAGGUCCUCAAGUCUGUGGUGGCACGGUUUGAUGCUGGGGAGCUGAUCACACAGAGGGAGCUGGUGUCCCGGCAGGUCAGCGAAGAUCUGACAGAGAGAGCCUCCACUUUCGGUCUGAUCCUGGAUGACGUCUCACUGACUCACUUGACAUUUGGAAAGGAGUUCACAGAGGCUGUGGAGAUGAAACAGGUGGCGCAGCAGGAAGCGGAGAGGGCACGAUUCAUCGUGGAGAAGGCGGAACAGCAGAAGCAGGCUGCCAUCAUCUCAGCGGAAGGUGACUCCCAAGCUGCCCUGCUCAUUGCAAACUCCCUGGCCACCGCAGGCGAUGGGCUGGUGGAGCUGCGCAAGCUGGAGGCGGCCGAGGACAUUGCCUUCCAACUGUCCCGGUCCCGAAAUGUCACCUACCUGCCGUCCGGCCAGGGCACACUGCUGCAGCUACCCCAGUGAGCCCUCUGCUGCGCCUGCUAGCUGCCCUGUUUUGAUCGCCAGCCUGGGCGGGCCCACCUCCAACACACUUUCUCCCCUCACACACUGCACACUGGCCACUGCAUAGGAGUGGCUGCCGUUUGUGUGAGAGAAGCACCAGUGUGUUGGGAGGAAUCUUUGUAAGAGCACUUACUGUAAAGGGCGAGCAGUGGGUGUGGAGGGGGGUUUGUUGAAACUACAUCAAAGUACCUUUUCUCAAUCAGAAUUACAUAAAUGAUGACAUUUUAGUGCAGUAAUUCUCCUUGAAACUACUACUUUGUAUGUGUAAUGGAUAUGUGGGGGCAGCAUAGCAUGUGAUCAGUGUUGUCUGUGGGAUAGGGGUGGUGGGGGGAGGGGGUUACAUUGAUUAACUUAAAUGUUAUGUCGUCAGUAAGCUUCAACAAUGAAUCUUCAACUCAGAGUGAACCAAGGCCCCUGAACAGAGAUCAAGUCUCUUGAAGGUUGUACUUGUAUUUUAUCAUGCAGCAUUUAGGGCUGUUUUGAAGGCUGUCAAAACAAGACCGUUGCAGAUGUGUGAAGACGAAUUCAGUGAAUGUGGUCCAUUGCCAGACCUUCAUCAGCACGGUUUUCCUUUGUGUCCCAAAAUGAAGUCUACAAUUUGUUAUUGCGGAAUAGCAAGGGGGCCCCAGAAUGGCACAUCCAGUGUGUCCAAUGUGGCCAACUUGUUACAAAGUAGUGCAGAACAUUUGGCAGUUGGUAUUUCAGAAACCUUUCCAUUGUUUGUGACAAAGCUCCAGUACAGCUGUGCGUGCUCUGUCUGUCAUGCUAGGGCUGAACCCUCCAGUCAGUCUGGAUGGGAAGGUCUAGGGC